GUCUGCCGCUUUUCUUCCAUCAGGACCACACGUUCAACUACGCACUAGUUGUCAUUUUUUUAGUCACAUUAGCGCGUUUUGUUUUGUCAGCGUCCAUCUUUGUCGUUGGGUCGGAAGCAGCACGGUACCAUCAUGUCUGUAGCGGGCCUCAAGAAGCAGUUCCACAAAGCCACUCAGAAAGUGAGCGAGAAAGUCGGCGGAGCCGAGGGGACGAAGCUCGAUGAGGACUUCACUGAAAUGGAAAAGAAGGUGGACACCACCACGCGGGCGGUGAUGGACAUCAUGACCAAGACGACUGAGUAUCUGCAGCCUAAUCCAGCCACCAGAGCCAAGAUGAGCAUGAUGAACUCCAUGUCUCGCAUCCGGGGCCAGGAGAAGGGACCAGGCUACACCCAGACAGAGGCCAUCCUGGGAGAGUCCAUGCAGCGGUUCGGGCGGGAGCUCGGCGAGGAGUCUAAUUUCGGCCUGGCUCUCAUCGACGCCGGGGAAUCCAUGCGUGAACUGGCCGAGGUUAAAGACGCUCUGGACAUGGAGGUGAAACAGAACUUCAUCGACCCGCUGCAGAACCUCCACGAAAAAGACCUCAAGGAGAUCCAGCAUCACCUGAAGAAGAUGGAGGGGCGCCGUCUGGACUUUGAUUAUAAGAAGAAGCGUCAGGGCAAAGUGACGGACGAUGAGAUCAAGCAAGCCUUGGAGAAGUUUGACGAGUCCAAGGACAUCGCUGAGCUCAGCAUGUUCAACCUGCUUGAGAGCGACAUCGAGCAGGUGAGCCAGCUGGCGGCGCUGGUCCACGCUCAGGUGGAGUAUCACACCCGGGCCGCCGAGAUCCUCACGCAGCUGUGCAGCAAGAUCGACGAACGGAUAAAGGAUUGCUCCAGCAAGCCCAGGAAAGAAUACAUUGCCAAGCCUCGCACGCACCUGGACUUCUCCAUCAGUGAGAACCACAAUGGAGGCAUCCACAGCGCUCGUUCUCCAGGGGCGAGGUCACCAGCGAGGUCUCCAGGUGAGACAAUCUACCAGCAUCUCCUCCAUCACCAUUGUGUGUUUCCUUUGGGUUUCUUUUCUCGGCAUCCACCAUCUCUCCAUCCUCAUCCAUACACAAAUGCUUCCGUUCAAUCCCCAACGCUUUGUCUCACCUUUGUUCUCCUUUCCCUUCCACAGCAAGAUCUCCAGCAGCCAGGUCACCAGCCCCCAUGGACCAGCCGUCCUGCCGCGCUCUCUACGACUUCGACCCAGAAAACGAGGGCGAGCUCGGCUUCAAGGAGGGCGACAUCAUCACCUUGACCAACAAGAUCGACGAAAACUGGUACGAGGGGAUGCUGCACGGCAACUCUGGCUUCUUCCCCAUCAACUACGUGGACAUCCUGGUGCCGCUGCCGCACUAGAGCACCACCUAGCGAUGCUGUAGAGGAGAAAAAAAAACACAAAAAAAAAAAAUCAAACCCUCGUUAUACCCUCCCGAUUAAACCUGACAACGACUCGGCUCCAAACUGCGCUACGCAAUAGCAAGCCAGUGUCGAAUAAUGUCAAUAAGAAACGAUGAAAAAUCAGCGUAGAUGUGGUAGCCACGCCCCCCCAUCAUCUUCACUACGAUUUUUUUUUGUGUUAAAUUUCAGUAUCGCACAUUGUACUUAGUGGACGUCACCGCUGUAGCUAGAACUUUAUCUCUGUCAUGCUAGGAAAAAAAAACCUAAUGUGUGUGAUGUUUGUUAGCAAAGCAUGAUCAAAGCAAGUUUGUUUGUUUUUUUAGCUUCCAACGUUACAUCAUCGCAUCAUUCAUCAUGUGUUUGGACGGCGGUGGUUUUGUGUAAAAAUGGGUUUCAGAUACCAAAGUGAGCAUCGAAAACUAUCUUAUUUUUGGUGUUUUUAUUUUGUCGGGCAGGGGUGGGGAAUGUAUUUGUGAGUGUGACAUUCCGCGUCAGAAACAGCAGUGAUUAGUGAAGUGAUGAUAAGUAACGUCGACAACUACGGCGUGUUUGUGCCGUAUGAUACCCCCCCUCCCCCCCAUUUAAAAAAAAUCAACAACUUGUGUGCAAAAUGGUGGCUGUGUUGUGAUAUUAUCUAACAUGUAGAGAUUUGCUUUGCAGUUUUAUUCCUCUCUUUGCAGCAGAACGUCUUUGCUCACUUGUCCGAUAAGUAUUCUCGUAGUUUAGCUGGUGGUAAAAACCAGCCAACAAUCGCUGGUCGGAGUGCGAUAUCAUUUUUUUUUUUUGUCUUGACUGUGAGAUAUUAACCCUUCGAUGUCCAUCCAUCAUUGUAGCUACUGUAAAAAAAAAAAAACAAAAAAAAAACACGUAACAAGUAAGUCAAUGAUUCCCUUCUUGUAGGACUGUUGUGGUUUGGUUUACAGAGUUGUAGUAUUUGGUCGUCAUGGUUACGAUAAAGCAACUAUAAAGCAGUGCGAUAAUUUGUAUUGAAGUACAAAAAAGAAUUGGCUGUGUGGUAUCUUUCCUGUGUCAAACAGACUUAAGCCCAGAAUUAGUCAUCCUUUUUCCAGAUUUAGUCUAAAAUUAGUAUUUGUGAAUAAAUACUAUUAUUUUUAUUAUUAUGAUGGUUUGCUGUUGUCGACCAAGUACCUGGCGACUAAACUGAGAAUUAACUGUUACUUGAAACGUGGCCAGGGUAUGAAUCAUUUUAGUCUUUAACUGCAAUAUUGUAGACUUUAUUAUUUUGUCGGGAUUGUAAUACGACGCAGAAAGGAAUCCAAUAACAUUCCUAGCAUUCCUAUUCUGGAUGGGGUCGGUAUCUUGGAAACGUUUUUUAAGUUCACGUAAGAAAUGUAUUUUAAGAUAGGGACCAAUCAGACGCUUAGACGCUGCUAUGUCAACAUCCAAGCGAAAUCUCUUUCUCUGGGGAAUGGGGGGGGUCGCCAUUGUUUAGCUUGCUUCUCACUUCCAUCACAUCUAAGCCAUGCCCCUCAAAGGUUUUUCCGAUUGCUCCGCCCAUUUUUUUUAGAGCAUUGACGUUCAAAAUGGACGUGUGUGUGUUAAUUGAAGGCAUCCUUUCUUUUAAAGGGGAAGCACAAGUGUCAGUAUACUGUGUUGGCUCAUCAUUAACGUCAUGUUGUCAUUCUUUUUUCUUUUUUUUUUUUUUACAAGGAAUUAUUUUCCCUCUUUUUCUCUAUCACUUUUUUAAAAGAAUACAAUUGUGUGUAUCUUUGCCCUCAAUGAGGACUGCUGUACAGCUUUUCUGUUUUUUUUCUUUUCAUCCUACGCGUGUAUGUGCGUUUAGUCACUCAUCUACAGUAAUGUAUCUUAUUUUUGUAACUGUGACAAAGUAUUGACAUGAUUAUAUAUAGAUGUGUAUAUAUAAAUACACUAUGAUAAUACUGUAUAUGGGAAGAAGAAGAAUGAAGAGGAGGAGGAGGAGGAGAGAUUGUCUGUGCUGCACAUGAUUGUUUUCUUUUUCUCUCUCUGUUUUAUUUCAUUGUAUGCUUGAUGUAAAGACAACAAUGUGAUAUGUCAUUUAUUCCAAUAAAUACAGACAAAUGCU